UCCUGCUUACGAUGCAGCAGCAGAAGCACGCUGCCGCCUGCUACCGAGCAAAGAGGCUGAGCUAGCUUCCACUACCACGGCCGCAGAGGGCACAGCUUAACCUGCGUGUACGUACGUGCUCCCCUUAAGACUCGGUCAGCUUUUGCCCGGUCUCUUGUAACAAAGCAGGGCACUUGGAAAAUACCGAGAUUGCCACUGGUAUUUACUCCAGCGGUCGCCCACGCUGGCCCACGCACCAGGGCUGAUACCGUCAUUUUGCAAUUCGCUCGAUCACGCGAGCGGCCCGCGUCCUCGUCGGUUCCGCUCGAAUUAUAAUGCCACCCACGCCAAGACAGCACGCGAGUUUCUUUCGCUGCCCCGGCCGCGCGCCCGUCUUGGACAUUUGACGAGUGGAGAAGAUAGGCGAGAUGCAGCCGACGGAGUCCGCGCAACGUCAGGCCUCGUCCGCCGCGGCGCCCCGGCGGAGCGUGGGGUGCAUGGCGGGCCUCCUCCGCCUCCUCUCCCCGUACCAUCGCCACCGCAAGCGCCUCACCGCCAAGAACGCCACGCCCGAGGCAUCCCCGCCUCCGCCUCCGCCACCGCCGGAGAAGAAGAAGCCGGCUGCGGCGCCAUUAGCGCCGGUGGUCGUCGUCCCAGCGAAGCCGAAGCCGCAGCCGUCGGCGUCGACGACGGGUGUCCGGCGGCGGCGGUCGUGCGAGGCGCCUCGGAGCCCGACGAUCGCGCCGGAGUACCGCAGGGCCAGCUGCGACAGCCCCCGGCCGCCGCCGCCGGCCAUCGUGGCGCGGUUAAUGGGCCUGGAGGAGUCGGCGCCGCCUUCCCCCGCCGCCGUGACGCCACGGCCACGGCCGGUACUCCCGACCCGCCCUCCUCCUCCGCCCCCGCCACCUGAGAUGGCCGCGGAGAAGCGGCGGAAGCUGCUGGGCGCGCUGGAGAGGUGCGACGAGGACCUCAAGACGCUGCGGCGGAUCAUCGCGGCCGUCCGCGCCGCCGAGAUGCGCUCCGUCCCCGACGUCGUCGGCUCGGUGCCUGCGGGGGCAGGGAAGGAGGGCGUUAUCGCUGAGUGGAUGGACGGCGAACCGACGCCGGCGCCGAAGCAUGAAAAGGCGGCGCGGGCCGAGGAGGAAUGUUAUCCCAGUCCGGACUCGGUGCUGGACGCCAUCACCUCCCCGAGAUUCCCAUGCAGGAAGCGGCCGCCGCCUCCCCGCUGCACGCUUCCCGAUGCGGAUAGCAAGCCCAGUUGCGCCGCCGUCGUAUCGAGGAUCGUCAAGCCCUCACGAACUCUGGUUUUCUCGGGGGACUACUGCAAGAUCAAGCAAUACUGCAACGAGCUGCACGCCGUGGCCAUGCACCACCCACCACCGGCGGCGUCCAUGCCCGCCGAGGGCAUCAUACCGCGGUGGACGCCUUCGGCGGCCGAGGCGGAGAGCUGGCGGCACCGGCGGCGGUGGGGCCUCCAGGCCGCAGGGUCCGCAGUUCGGAGCCGCGCGAUGGUGGAGAGCGUGGUGGAGGUGUGGGGGCAGGGCGCCGGCGGGGAGCGUUGGGAGGCCGGCCUCGUAGGCGUCGCCCUGGAGCGCGCCAUCCUGCAGGACCUGGUCCAGGACGCCGUGGCGGAGCUGCUCGCGCAAUCCGGCCCGGACGCGCCGGCGCCGUACGGCCACGGGCAAGAAGGCGGCGGCGCCACGUGCAGGAAGAGGCUCUGUUUCUGAAGCUCAGUCGAGGAGAGAUCGGUCAUUUUCGCGUAGAUGCUCUGUUUGGUUUGGCUUCAUGCGUGCGUGCGUCGUGGUAGCUACCACAUCGAGGAGCUGAGCUGAACUCUUCUUCCCAAGCCAAGUACGAGGGGAUCAGGGCUACUACUGCGUACUGUACGUACGUACUACGUAGUCCAUGAGAUGGAUGUCAGUGACUGACAACCCCCAUGAUGUGGUAAUAGUGGUAUUGAAGGAAUGGAUUCGCCAUGGCGCCGUUGUAGGUGAGGCCAAUAAAGCGUUCACGAUUCGACGUAGUAGUGGUACGCGUCGCUUUUAGAAUGUGGCCGAGGGCGAUGAAGUGAGCACAGUGAAACCGCCGGGAUAGCGAUCAUGAUCCAUGAAGCUGGCUGGCUCCACGCGCAGCCGGCCGCGCGCCCACAAGCCACAAGUACGUUGUACACAGAUGGACAAGGCGCCGUUGGGGAUUGGGGUUAAGCUUAGCUCAGAACCGAGGAAGAGAAGGAUGGGGAUUUCAGUUAGUGGAGAUGCUCUAACACGUUACUCUUGUUUUAGUGGUGCGGUGCAGUUUUUUGUCUGAAUUUUUGGAGAUACUAUGAUUAACCAUUAAUUGUGACCAUUUAAUUACACGUGCU